CGAAUCAAAGAUGAAAAUGCCUACUCUCGAUUGCAUACAACUCAUUAAAUGUACUUACUCGCCACUAUAGUCAUCAACAUUUCAUCGCCACUCUCGAAAUGUGCGCUCUCACUCCUUUCUAUGCAUCAAAGCCAUCGUUAUCAGCAAGCUAUGUACAUACAUAAAUAUAUAUAGUAACUAACCUCGUUUCGCACCAACAACAUUUACUAUGUACAUCAGUCAAACUCAUUGUGCGUGUAACAAAUUCGCAAUACAAAUAAUGAACAAACAACAAUAAAGUAAUUUUUUAUUUUUGUUUUUCUAUUUCUUUUCCCUCUCUUUCUCUCUCGCUCGCGUGCUCGAUUGAUGAUAAAAGUUUGAGAGACAAAAAAAAAACUUCAUGAAAUAGAUUUACGCAUGCCAAUGUUACUUCUAAGCAAACGAUUUUAGUGCAACAACCAACAACAACAACUACGUAUAUUGUUAUACAUCAAAAAAGUAGAAAAUCGAAAGUAGUGCGCAAAAAGUCUACCGAAGACAAGAACCACAGUUGUCAGUUUCGUGAAAAUCGGCAACAGCGUAUGUAACAGCGAUUGCAACAGCUAAUUGAGAAAUUUGACAAUAGCACACAGACAAGAAAACUAUAAAUAAAGUUCCAUUAACAUUGAUUAUCGUUAAGCAAGAAUUUUCGAAAGCCAUACGAAAUUUGACGAACUUUGUCACAAGCGGCACAACGCAAAAACGAAGCACAAAUCUCAACUGAAAAGAAAGUGCCAGCCAAAUAAGUUAAACAAAAAACAUCAACAUAAUUCCGGCCAUUAGCAAUAGCCACGCCCAUUUAUAUUAUCUUAAAUUUAAUUGAAAGACUGAAAGCUCCAAGAAUCCACGGUAUAAUUACCUACUUAAUAUCUGCAUUAAAAACAAAAGACGCUAUAUUUGAGGCCGUCGCCAUCGCCGCCAUCGCCACCACCGCCGCCAUUACCAUUGCCACUGUUCUAGUCGUCGCCGCAAGUUGCUGCCGCUACACCAGUGCGCUCACAAUAUGAGCCAACCGAAUUCGCCUGCAACCUUACAGCAACAAUUGCAAUUGCAAGCAAAUGCGAACUCGGCCGAAAGUUUAAUGAGCAACGCUUUCGAUUUGAUUGGCGGCGGCAGCGCAGCGCAGCAAUUCUUGAAUCAUAUGGAUUUGUAUGCGCAGCAGCAACGUCAACAGCAUCAGCAGCAAUUGAACUACCUGCAGCAACAGCAGCAAUUGCAACAUCAACAACAGCAACAACAGCAGCUUCAACAGUUGCACUCGCAGUCACAUAUGGCUAAAUCACCGUCCUUAUCGCCGACAAAUUUUGGCAGUGGCGCGAGCAGCAGCAGUAGCAGCCACAGCAACAUAACCAUCACCACCAAUAAUUUACAUCAUACAAACUAUAAUCAUUUUCAACAGCAGCAACAGCAACACCAACAACAACAACACGCAGCAGCAGCUGCCGCCGCCGCGGCAGCGGUGCAACAGCAUUUAGGCAAUAAGCAUUCCAUAUCGUUGACAUCAUCGCCAAUCACAUCACCAACCAAAUCGAUUCUCACACAUGUGGCUGCGGCGGCAAGCAGUGUCGAUGCUGGUGCGAUAAGCGCCACCAGCACAACAACCACGUCGCCGCCGUCAUCGUCGCCGCCAACCAUUUUAAAUAAUUUCAAUCCACAACAACACCAUUUUAAUCUACAUCAUAAUAAUAAUGAUAAUCACCAGAUGGAUUUACAAACACAACAACUACAACAACAGCAACUCCAGCGUGAGUCUGUCGCACAGAAUUCUCACAGUGGCAUUAGCAACGCCAAUAACAAUAAUAACAUCAGCCCAAACAGCGAACGGCUGUCGAAUGCUGCCUCUAUGGGCACUGGCACACCAAGCGGCGUCGUAAGCCCUAAUGGAGGCGGCCAGCAACAGCAGCACAACCAUGCGCAUGCGCACGCACUCCCACAACAUCAGCAGCAUCAGCAUCAUCAGCAUGGCAGCGCUACAUCACUUUUCAAGCCGCCGGGCUCGGCUUCCUGUUGGUGUUAUGGUGAGUCAGUUUGUUCGGGAAUUGAGGUUGAAAUUGAAAAUAAUAACAAUUUCUCUCAUGGCGAUUCAUCGUAUCACAUGAAGAUCCUUGUGCCUGCAGUGGCCUCCGGUGCCAUCAUUGGCAAAGGUGGCGAGAAUAUCGCCUCUUUGCAGAAAGACUCCGGUGCUAGAGUAAAGAUGUCCAAGUCCCAUGAUUUCUAUCCAGGCACCACCGAGCGUGUUUGCCUCAUCACUGGCUCUGUGGAUGGCAUCAUGUCGGUUAUGGACUUUAUUAUGGAUAAAAUACGCGAGAAGCCCGAUCUUACAACUAAGAUCAUAGAUACUGAUUCCAAGCAGAAUCAGGACCGUGAUAAGCAGGUGAAAAUUUUGGUGCCCAAUUCCACAGCCGGUAUGAUCAUCGGCAAGGGUGGUGCUUUCAUCAAGCAGAUCAAGGAGGAGAGCGGCUCGUAUGUGCAGAUUUCACAGAAACCCAAGGACAUUUCACUGCAGGAACGUUGUAUCACCAUAAUUGGUGAUAAGGAGAACAACAAAGCCGCUUGCAAGAUGAUACUCUCCAAGAUUGUUGAGGAUCCACAGUCCGGUACAUGCCUUAAUGUCUCAUAUGCCGAUAUUAGCGGUCCUGUGGCCAACUUUAAUCCGACCGGUUCGCCGUAUGCCACCAAUCAGAACGCCAUUAAUACGAGCACCGCUUCAUUGAACUCCACACUGGGACAAACUAUCGGCGGCGCAGCCUCAGCUGCAGGUCUUUUGGUAAAUGGCACCGGCAUCAAUUUAUCCUUAAAUUUGGGUUCACCAAAUCCAGCACCCAACUUGGCUGUGGCCACGCAAUUACUUGAACACAUCAAGAUUGCUCUACGCGGCUCCGGCUACUCAGAGACGGCCACCAACGAAGUGUGCGCCGCUCUAGGCGUGCUCGCCAAGUAUGGCGUUUUGGGCAUGGGCGUUGGUGUACCACAUGCAAAUGGCACCACCACACUCGGCAGCUAUCUGGGUGUUUCGGCGCUGGAUCAGCAGACAGCUGCCGCCGCCUCAGCAGCUACUGCCGGCAACGUUUUCGGUGCAGUGGGUCAAGUAAAUUUGGAUCAGUAUACAGCGGCAGCGGCCGCUGCUGCUGCAGCAGCUGCCAGCCGUCCGACGCAGUCGCAGCUGGAAGCGGCUGCAGCCGCACAAUUCGAUCCGUUCCGACAUUUGGGCACUACAGCCGCCACAGCGGCACAAGCUGCAACACCGGUCUCGCUGAAUAAUAAUAGUUUCGGUUUGACUGCUGCAACAGGUACCACGGGUACAACAGCGCAAAGCUUAGCUGCCGCACAACAUGCGCUGAGCGGCUUGAGCAAGAGUCCCACCCCGGGUGAUUUGGGUGCAAAGGAUACCAAAAAUGUUGAAAUUCCAGAAGUGAUUGUUGGCGCUAUCUUAGGUCCAAAUGGUCGUAGUUUAGUUGAAAUUCAGCAUGUAUCUGGCGCAAAUGUGCAAAUUUCAAAAAAGGGCAUAUUCGCACCUGGCACUAGAAAUCGAAUUGUAACAAUAACUGGUCAACCGAGUGCCAUUGCCAAAGCGCAAUAUUUAAUUGAACAGAAAAUCACCGACGAGGAGACGAAGAGAGCGCGACAAAUUCCAUUAACCACUGUUGUGAAUUAAAGCGAAAGUACCAUUAAAAAAAAACAUUGCAACAACAACAAACAAUAUAACCGAAAAAGUAAACUAAGAAAUUCUAUAACAAAAACAAUGCAUUCAGCUAAGAAAAAACAACAACAAGCAUAACCACAAAAAAAAAACUAAACGACAAGCAAAACAAAAAAAAAAAAAACAAAUGUAUGUAAAUAUGUAGAAGCAACCAAUUAAAAUGCAAAAAUCAUCAACUUAAACGCAAAAGUAGUUAAAUCUUAAAAAUAAUUAAAAUUUCACACGACAAAUUGAGAGCAAAAGAAAUGCAAAAUUUUUGCCUUCAAAAAUACGAGUACGUGUAAAUGAAGCGCAUAUGUAUAGUAGAGAGCAACAAAAUGAAAAAGGAAAUUUUAAAAUCGCUGAGUUAGAAAAAUAAGCGAAAAAAAUAAUAGAGAGACAUUGCAAACGAGGAAAAACCAUAAGCAGCAGAAAUUGUAUGUCAGUCAAAAUUUAUACAGCUUCAAAAAGAAGCGGAAAAAGAACAAUAACAAAAAAAAAGCAAAACAACUGAAGUAAUUACUUACAUAUAAAUACAUAUUUAAUUAGGAGAAUUUUAUUAUUACUAUUAUUUUUAAUAGCAAAAAAUGCAGUGAAGAAUACAAAAAACAAAACAAAAUAAAAGCAAAAUAAUGUUAAUAAUGUUUUACUACAAAAUCGCGUUAAAUGUAGUGGGAAAAUUUGCGCAAGAUUACUUAGCUAAAAGCCGAUAAGAUAGAACAAGGGCAAACAAGCAACACCUGAACAGAUACAUACAUACAUACAUAGAUACAUUUUUCACUUAAGUAACUAAAUUGUAAAAGCAAAUAACUACAAAAAAAAAAUAAUAAUAAUAAAUACAAAACUUUAUUGAAUAACUAUUUACUGUUUCUAUGAAAAUAAAUUUAGAUUUUAAAGAAGAAACCAAAAACAAAAAAACUAUUGUAGUUAAAAGCGGACAUUUUCAGUAAUAAAUUGCGGUAGAGUAUUUUAGCAAAUUCAAAAUGAUGUUUAAAAAAAAAAAAAAACAAAUUAGGAAUUUACAAAGUCUUGAAAAGUUAGUUGAAAGGCGAAGAGAAAGAAAAGCACUUUUCAUAAGAAGAAAAAAAUGAGACAAACAAACAAUGACAAGCACAUUCACACAUACAUACAUGCCUACGUGAACAGACACAUACGCACGCACCGUCAUUUAUUAAACAAUUUAUUAUUAUAAUGAAAAAUAGCAGACGAAAAGAUUUCCAAAAAAAGGCCAAUGUUUAUUUUGAGAGAGUGGUUAAUAGCAACUUAAUAUUUUUCUUACACAUUACAGGGUCUCCGGACCAUAAAGCAGGUUUCCAUCCUGCUCCGGAGCCUCAGCAAUGGUUGUCGAAUACAUAUAGUAACUUGCAUAUGUAUUCGAGCUGUAUGCAUAAGCGCAUUAGGGUGCAUCACCCUCCAUACAAAAAAAAAAAA